UUUACAAGUGUGGCCCAAGCGUGAAUCUCUGGGGAGCAAUGGCAAAAAAAAAAAAAAAAGCUUUACCAAGUCCUUGGUCACACCCUCGUUGCUUUUCUAAACAAACUUUACAUCAUACACGCUACCCAUACACCACCAUUCAGCCUUUAAAAGGGUUUUUGCGCAAUGCCGUGAGUCAGCGCCGACCAGGAAACCCCUCAACGCAGUCAGUCCGUGAUAUGCCCCGCUUGGCCGUAGAUGCCUCGCUUGCCCCCCUCUCUCAUCCGCCGCGCCCAUGCCGUCUCUUCGCACGUCGCGACCCUCUUGCCGGCGUGUCGCGACAUCCCCUCCGCCGCGACCGAGCUCCGGUGGAUCAGGUCGCACGUUGCCAGCGCUCCGGCGCGGGGUGGUGGCGCUGAAGCCAGCGUUGCUCGCCUCUGCGCGCGACGCGGCCGCGGCGUGCCGCUGCAGUACGUCCUCGGCUCCCAGCCCUUUGGUGCGCUGGACAUCAGGUGCCGGCCCGGCGUGCUCGCCCCGCGCGCCGAGACCGAGGCAUACGCGCUGCACCUGACGGAGAUGAUCGUCUCCGGCCGUCUGCCGCGCCUCCGGGACAGGGAACUGCGGAUCGUGGACUUCUGCACCGGGACCGGGUGCAUCGCGCUCGCGUUGUACGAAGGCCUUGCGCGGCGAGCGGCGAGGUCGAGUGUCACUGGGGUGGACGUCUCGCCGACCGCGGUGCGUCUUUCACGGGAGAACCUGUGGCAUAAUGUCGGUGCCGGUGCGUUGCUCCGGCCUACGGAGGAGAAGAACGUUUCUUUCCAGCUGGCAGACGUCUUUGACGAGGCGGCCAUGGCAACGAUACCCCAUUGUGAUGUCCUGGUGUCGAACCCGCCGUACAUCUCGCGCAAAGUCUGGACGUACGGCCGCGGCCAGAUGGGCUACUCUGUGCGAAAGUACGAGCCAAGGCUGGCUCUGGUGCCGGGGGACACGACGCCCACGUACGACGGGUGCGACCAUGCCGACGUCUUCUAUGCCAGGCUGCUGGACGUUGCACGCCGGCUGCGGCCAAAGGUUUUACUGUUCGAGGUGGGAGACCAGGAACAAGCAGUCAGGGUUGCGAGGCUGGUCAGGCGGAAUGAGUACACCAGACAGGCGACCUGCGAGCUAUGGAGAGACUGGCCAGACUUGACGCCUGAGGAGGACGAGACCACUGAGCUGGAUAUCGACGCAGAGUGUGUCGCAGUGAAGGGGAGCGGAAAUGUACGAUCUGUGUUUGUGCUACUGUAGGAUACAACACAGGGGUAAAUGUCACUCAAUCCCGAUUACUGGAAGCAAGCAAGCGAAUCAAGUCCAUUGACGGUAAUCGACAAAAAAGAG